AUGAGUAGGAACGCCUUCAGCUUUCUCCGUCCGUAUCAGCUUCGAGGCAGCCGGUCCCUCAAGCCGGAGCACGCUCGAGCAUAUCUAUCUGUUCAGCGACGCUCCAUCCAAACCUUGGCUGCCGACGAAUACACCGGUCCGCACGAUGUCGAAAAGCAGAAGCGGAUUGACCAGCUGAGGAAGGUCAAGCCCCUGGGGGACUAUCAUCCGCGAAUGGUCUAUCCCACGGGCGCCGACAGCCUCUCACUCCGAGACUUCCACGCAAAAUAUGAAGGCAUACAAGAGACAAAGCCUGAUCUUGUAUCCGUGUUUGGAAGGGUUCGAUCAGUGCGGUCGCUUGGAUCCAAGCUCAUGUUCCUCGACAUCGAGAGAGACACACAGCGGUUGCAAGUCAUGGUGGAGCUGAAGAAGCUCAGCGCCCAAGACGGUCUUGACGAGGGUUUCAAGGACUUCAAGAAGAUGAUUAGAAUAGGUGAUUGGGUUUCCAUUACAGGGAACCCUACCAGCACUUCGACGGGACAGCUUUCCGUGCUCGCCCAACAAGUGCCCCAUGUUCUCGCGCCCUGCCUGCACCACGUCCCUGAGAAAGUCGACAACGCUGAAACGCUUGCUCGACGACCUCACAUACACCAGCUCACAAGCAACGAACCCGGCGAUGUGCUUAGGCUUCGAGCGCUGAUAUACGACUAUGUGCGGACGUACUUCAUACAAAGCGGUUUCCUGGAAGUAGAAACUCCAAUAUUUGACGUCAACGCUGGAGGCGCUAUCGCGCGACCAUUUGAGACUGUCGCCAACGAGUUAUCCAACAUGUCUGUCAGACUCAGGAUAGCACCCGAGCUGAACCUUAAGCGAUUAAUCGUUGGAGGACAAGACAAGAUCUUCGAGAUCGGUCGCGUCUUCCGGAACGAGGGUGUGGACAAUACUCACAAUCCCGAGUUUUCGACAUGCGAGUUCUAUGAAGUAGGGGCAACGCUCCCUGCGCUGAUUGAGAGGACCGAGCAGCUGGUACAUGGGCUUCACACUGCGGUUGAAUCGCUUAGGUCGACAUACUUUCCGUCGCUAGCCGCGGCCUCAGAAGAUGUCGAUUUCUCUCAACCGUUCGCACAACUACCUUUCAUCUCUACCAUCGAGAAAGCUAGCGGUCGCCAGCUGCCCGACCUGUCUUCAGCAAAUGCCUCGACGGAGCUGCUCGGAAUGUUCGAUACUCUCGGCCUUGCUGUGCCUCCAAACCCCACACUUCCUCGUCUCCUCGACACUCUUGCAGAGCAUUACAUUGAGCCACUUUGCAAGAAUCCAACAUUCAUCACGCAACACCCCGAGGCCUUGUCGCCGCUCUCGAAGUCGUACCUUGACGAGGCAACCGGUCAACGUGUCGCCUCUCGUGUGGAACUGUUCAUCAAUGGACGCGAGUACGUAAAUGCGUACGAGGAGGAAAACUCGCCAUUCGAGCAGCGACGGAAGUUCAUGCAACAGCAGCAAUUUCAUCCAGAGGGCGAGGGUGCGAUCGACGAGAGCUACCUCGAGGUUUUGGAAUGGGGUAUGCCCCCAACAGGAGGCUGGGGAUGUGGCCUGGACCGGCUAGUGAUGCUCUUCGCUAACAAAAAGAGGAUUGCCGAUGUGUUGCCUUUCGGCACACUGAGGAACGUCGUCAGUAUUGCUAAGACUAUAUGA